AUGGUUGGUAUUAGGAUGCUGAUGCUGCACUAUAGCAAACAUGGCGAGUGUAUACUCCAAGAGAUCGGUGCAGCAUUUCGCGGGGAGCAUGCGACAGAUCUUUUACUCAUCUGUGAUGGCAAGGAGACGGUACGAGCCCACAAAUUGGUACUGGCUGCUGCCAGCCCUCUGAUAAGAAUGAUAUUGGAAGAGACACCUGUACUGGAAGGUGAAACCACGGUGUACUUUCCGGACGUGCAGGUGUGUUAUUUUCGGCUCCUGCUGGACUUCCUGUACUCCGGACAAGUAUAUGUGCCGGCCAACGAAGUACACCACUUACAAGAUCUCCUAGCUCUACUUCAAAUCAAGCCCAGCAUUUGGAAGAAUAGCGAUUGCAGCAAUGAUUCCGAGUCGCAAAAAUCAGAACCCCUCGUUGAUAUCAACCGAAAUGAGGGUAUCACUGCAUUGGAUCACCGGCGAAGGCGUGCGAGUAGUCAGGAGGGUCUGGUUCAAACGAGGAGCGACAGUCCGACAAGCCGAUCGAAAGUGAGUGUCAAAAGCGAGCGUAAUUCGGCGGGUAGCUCGGAUGAUGGAGGUGACCGCGAGGACACCGACUAUAUGGACGAAGUCGAGGAAGCCAUCAUCAAAAGCAACAACAACUUGCAACAUGUUGGGCACCCGGACCAAGAUGAAGGCGAUGGAGGGGGAAGUACUGAAGGGGGAAGAGGUGAUAUAGCUAGUGGCGAAACGAGUGCAUCUAGAGGCAUCGCAGAGGAAGCAGGCAGUACGACUGGUGAAGCACGGAGUGAGUCAAGUAGUAGAGGUGGCGGAGAUGCUACUCUACAAUCGUCCCGAACGGCUGGCGUUGAUCGCAAAAGUCCUUCAACGAGGCAUAGCAGUGGAAGUGUAUGCGAGCCGUACGCGGACGACGACGAAGACUUUGAGCUGGAUGUAGAAGAUCGCGAGUUAGUCGACGAGGCCUGCAGUACGGAAGUGACCAGUCGAACACCAACCAGUGGAGGUGGUACAGAAUCGUUACAAAGUCGCAGGCGCAGCUCUUCCGAUCCGGUCAAUUUAUCCAUUGUGAAGCAACAACAGCAAGAAGUCGACUCAGACGAUGCUAAUAUCGACGUUGAAACGAUAGGCAAUGCACCAACAAAGAAUCUUCUUCCACCGCGGUAUUUGGAUCCAUUUCGUACCAAGCGGAAAGCGUAUUACAUACAAUCAGAUAGUGAAUCGCUGAAGCCACUGGACCACGAACUACUGCACGGCUCUCCGGACAACUAUGUCGUGACACCCCAUAGAAAACGACGGCCCGGAUUUCACAACUCGCCGGCCCAAAACCCGCCCUUCGUUCCAAGCUACCUCGAGGACCUGCGCUCACGCAAAUGCUUCUUGGCGGCACCACCAUCGUUCUUGGCAGAAACAAGACCCGGAUCGCCUGGAUCGACAAGACCCACCGAUAUUACGGCGCUCGGCAACAGCCUGUCGUCCAGUACCAAUAACAACAAUAACAAUACCAGCAGCACCAAUAACAACCGGAUACGUCCUCCUAGCGUGGAUAAUAAAUUGGCAGUGGCGCCGUUUGUUUACCCAUGGGCACCAGCGGCUUUAGCCGGGCUACCGAGCGGUCCAUCGGACUUGUUGGCUGUUCCAUAUCUGCAUGCCGCCAGCGCCAAUACGGACACCAGUCCGGCCGAAUUGAUUCAACAAAUGAAGAACUUCGAGAGCACUCAGGCUGAGGCGGUCUUGAGUGCACGAUCAGGUGGUGGAAGUGGAGCUUGUGGUGGCAGCGGGGGAAGUGCGACUAGUGGAUUAGGUGGUUCAGGAUCGAGUUCGGCCAGCACGGGCGUCGGUAGUGGCGGUGGAUUGGGGAGUGGUAAUGCACCGGUGCGCGAGUAUCGGUGUGAGUAUUGCGGCAAGCAGUUCGGAAUGUCCUGGAACUUGAAGACGCACUUGCGAGUCCAUACGGGUGAAAAGCCGUUCGCUUGUAGGCUUUGUGUGGCCAUGUUCAAACAGAAGGCGCACCUACUGAAGCAUCUUUGUUCGGUACACCGGAACAUCAUCAACUCACCGGAGGCAGGUGGACGCUACACUUGUUGUUUCUGUACCUUAUAUUUUGAGACGCUGCAAGAACUGGUGCGCCAUCUUUCUGGUCACCACAACAACCUGCUACUUAGUAAAAACCUCCAUGAAUGA